AUGAUCCCGUGGUUUCCCGACCAUUCUGUGCCCAUCCCUACCGUUCUGCGCCUUUCCAUACCAUUCCGGAACUACUUCGUGGACAGCGAGGACGUCGUGUGCCAGAAGGCGCUCAUCAAAACGGGCAGUGUGGACGACAUUCGAGUCUUCCGACGCUCCGGGCCACGCGAGCAGGUGGCCUUUCAGCCGCAGGACGUGCGAGCAGCCAUAGUCACAUGCGGGGGGCUGUGCCCCGGGCUCAACACCGUCAUUCGCGAGCUCGUGUGGGCGCUGUGGUUCCGCUACGGCGUGCGCAGCAUCUCCGGCAUUGAUGGCGGCUACCGCGGGUUCUACAGCCGCAACCUGCUGCAGCUGGACCCGUGGAAGGUGAACGACAUUCACAAGCGCGGAGGAACCUUCCUGGGUACUUCCCGAGGCGGGCACGACUCCACCAAGAUCGUCAACUCCAUUGAAGACCGCGGCAUCAACCAGCUGUACAUCAUCGGGGGGGAUGGCACGCAGCGUGGCGCAGAGAUCAUCUAUGAGGAAACAAGGCGGCGGGGACUCAAAGUGUCCGUAGCGGGAAUUCCUAAAACAAUAGACAACGACAUCGCAGUGAUCGACCGGUCGUUUGGGUUCGACUCCGCUGUGGAGGAGGCUCAGCGGGCCAUCAGCGCUGCCAGGGUGGAGGUCACGAGCACUCACCGGGGCGUGGGGCUGGUGAAGCUGAUGGGGCGAUACUGCGGUCAAAUCGCCAUGCACGCCACUCUUGCCAGCCGCGACGUGGACUGCUGUCUCAUUCCAGAGGUCCCUUUUCACUUGGAGGGCGAGGGCGGCCUGUUUGAGUUCAUGGAGCGCAAGCUCUACGAGAACGACCACUGCGUUAUUGUCGUGGCUGAGGGCGCGGGGCAGAGCCUCGUGGCUCGGAGCUUGCCGGGAGGGGCGGGGACGGACAAGUCGGGGAACGCACUGCUUCUGGACGUGGGGCUGUGGCUGUCAGAGCGCAUCAAGCCGGGCGGGGCGGCCACGGACAAGUCGGGGAAUGCUCUGCUUCUGGACGUGGGGCUGUGGCUGUCAGAGCGCAUCAAGCCGGGCGGGGCGGGCACGGACAAGUCGGGGAAUGCUCUGCUUCUGGACGUGGGGCUGUGGCUGUCAGAGCGCAUCAAGAGCCUCGUGGCGCAGAGCUUGCCGGGCGGGGCGGGGACGGACAAGUCGGGGAAUGCAUUGCUGCUGGAUGUGGGGCUGUGGCUGUCAGAGCGCAUCAAGGUGCGUGAAAAGGGUGUGUGA